AUGAAUCGCAUGGCUAAAUGCCGCCUUUUGCUCUUCCUCCUCUUGGCUCUUCUCUUGCCCGAGGCGCGUGCGGCUUCGUGCCACCCUGACGACCUCCGCGCGCUGCAGGGCUUCGCCGGGAACCUUAGUAGGGGUGGAGUCCUCCUCCGCGCCGCAUGGUCUGGCACCAUGUGUUGUGGGUGGGAUGGCGUGGGCUGUGACGGUGCCACCGGCCGUGUCACGGCGUUGCGCCUCCCUGGGCGCGGCCUUGUGGGGCCCAUCCCAGGAGCCUCCCUCGCGGGCCUUGCACGGCUGGAGGAGCUUGACCUCGGCUACAACGGCUUGCACAACAUCUCAGGGGCAAUCACCGUGUUGCGUGGGUGCCAGAACCUCACCACGCUGAUCCUCACUAGGAAUUUCGGCGGGGAGGAGCUACUCGGCGAUGGUUUUAUUGGUGGCUUCAAGAGCCUCGUGGUUCUGGACCUUGGUGAUUCUGCUCUUAGGGGCAGGGUUCCGAAAUGGUUGUCUCAAUGCAAGAAAAUGGAGGUGCUUGACCUGUCCCGUAACCAAUUGGUCGGCACUGUCCCCUCAUCGAUUGGUAGGCUUGACCACCUUUGCUACUUGGAUCUCUCCAACAAUACAUUGGUUGGCGAGGUACCCAAGAGUUCUAAGGGCCUCAACACUACUAGAUGUUCAUCGGACAAUGAUCUCACUAACAUGUCAUUGUAUCUGAAACGUAGCGGAAGAAGUAGACAUCGCCGACAACAUAAGCAUGCCCCAAAUGUCAUAGCUGGGACCAACAACAUUGUUAGAUCUGGUAGCAACAACGUUCUGGCUAGGAAUGACAACACUAUAAUAUUUGGGAAUGACAACGCCGUAUCUGGGAGCUACCAGGUCGUAUAUGGAAAUAACCAUGUCGUAACUGGGGAUAAUCAUGUCGUAUCUGGGAGCAACCAUGCCGCAUCUGGGAGCUACCAUGUCGUGAUUGGGAAACACAAUAUUGUAUCCGGGACUCACAAUGACGUAGGUGGGAGCAAAAGUAUCGUAUCUGGUAGUAAAAAUGUUGUAUCUGGGAGCCAUAAUACCGUAUCCGGGAAGAACCAUUUCGUAUCUGGGCACAACAAAGUCGUAACCUGA